AUGAGACUUAAAUUAUCUGUAAACAGCCUGGAUACAUCUAGGGAAUUUCAAGUUUUUUACAAAUCGUUAUACAAUGCGAGCUUAAUACGAAAAAAUAUUAUUUUAAAAUUUACUAAGCAGCUACUAUAUGUUAUUUCCAUACCAGAUAAUUCCACAACAUCAAUUAAUGAACCUGAAUUAUGGAUUAGAAUUGUAACUGAAUUAUUAUUUCAAGAUUUUAUUAUUGAAUCAGUAAGGGACAACAAUAUUGUGUUUGAAAUUUCAUUGGAGCCGCUGCUACAGGCUUUACGAAAAUAUGAUUCUGUUAUAAAACAAGGAAAUCAUUCUCCCACACACGGAUUGAAUUCAGAUGGUAAUAUUGAGGAAGAUCCGGUUUUAACAUCAAUUAAUCAUAAUAACACAAGCGCCAAGAUGAAAAAAAAGCCUCCUUACGGAAAUUUAGAAAUAAGGCUAAUACGACCACCUGCUGAAUGGCACAUACCCAAAGGUAGUUCAACUAGUAUAAUGGGUGCUAUUAAUAUUAGUUUCCAUGAAUAUUUAAAUAUCAAUAACGAAAACUUAAUAAAUUCAGGGAAUAGCAAUAACAACGACGUUAAAAAUGACAACUUAGAAUUCUCAGAAUAUACUUCUUACGGGGGUAAGGUAAUUGAUCAUUCCUUUAAAAUUCCCAUUAGGCUGUUAACCAAGACACAAGACGAUAAAAUUAGACAGCCAAAGAUCAAUAAAGAUAACCAAAUAGUGUUGAGUUUGCCGUCCUUCCAAAGUGAAUUUGGAAGGGCUUUUUCCAAUUUUAUGAAAAGACCAGAAAGAUUCAAAAGCCUACAAAACGUCCAGAUAUGUUCCAGAAAUAAGGGAGCCGAGUUUAAAUGCAUUGUUGAUGAAUUAGAUUGGUUUUUGGAAAUUUCGUGGAAUGGAUUACUAGAAACUUUAAAUUACGAGGAACUAGAUCAGGAUAGUUGUAACACAGAAAGCUAUGGAAAUAAUAAUAUCAAAGAUAAUGACGAACCAGAAGAAAAUUUAACAGAGCAUUUGAAAGAGGUAUCCAAAAACGCUAAUAACUCAUAUUAUAAUGAAUACAUUGAUGACCAAGAGGGAAAUGAUAGUAUCCACGAGACAGAAGCGGAAUUAGUUUUAGACAAAGACUCACACGAAAAACAAAAUGGUGAUAAUCACAUCAAAAGAGAUAAAAAAGACAAAAAGAUGAAUGAUCAUAGCGUAAUAAUUAAGAGUAGAGAUUGGAAAUUAUGUAAUAAAAUAUACGAAAAUCUAGGGGAAGACGAUAUUUUGUGUGUUUCCCAUGACCAAUAUUGCUUAUUGCAUUGUGCAGUAAAUGCAGACAAUGACGACGAUCUAACGUUUGCUGAAAUUUCAUAUUAUAUUCACAGAUCCAAACACAUAUCAUAA